AGUGACAAUGUUUGUCAGAGCAACUUGCAGAUGAAAUAUCGCUACGGCUACAUGACAGCUGACGGAGACACGUUCACUCCAUUAGAUCUGCAGGACAACGUGCCGGUGAUCGAGCUCAGCAACCAGAAGGACAUCGCUUUGGAGGUCAAAGUGACAAAUAUGAACGGAGAUGAUGCGCAUGAGGCCUCUUUGGUCGCCUCAUUCCCACGCUCCCUAACCUACUCCGCUUACCACGUUCCACCUGAGAAGCAGGUAACCUGUGUGGCCAAUAGAAACGGUUCCCAGGUUGAUUGUGAGCUUGGAAACCCGUUCAAACGUGACUCAGAGACAACCUUCUACAUUAUUCUGAGCACAUCAGGCAUCUCUACUGACACUAAAGAAGUGGAGAUUGAUCUUCAGCUAGAAACGACAAGCAGCCAGGGGAAAAUAGCCCCUGUUAAAGCGAAGGCAAAGGUGAACAUCGUAUUGCAGCUGUCUGUAUCAGGAGUUGCCCAGCCAUCUCAGGUCUACUUUUCAGGACAGGCCAGAGCUGAGACAGCCAUGAAGACUGAAAAUGACAUUGGCAGUGCCAUCACACACCAGUUCAGAAUAAUUAAUCUAGGAAAAGGCUUGAAAGACUAUGGCACUGCCACCCUCAACAUCAACUGGCCAAAAAAGACGGAUAAAGGAGGGUGGCUGCUCUACCUGAUGAAGAUUAGCGCCACUGGAGUGGAACAGUUGGAGUGCUCUCCUAAUGCAGAGGUCAACCCUCUACAGACGGAGACAAGUAACAAGAGGACGCGAAGAGCAGCAGGAAACACCCAGGGAACUAAUGAGGGCACGAUUUCACGACUACUUGACAAUAAGAACUUUGAAACUCUGUCUUGUGGCAAGGGGGCAAAAUGUGUGAUGAUAAGCUGCCCCCUGCGGGGCAUGGGCAGUAAUGCAAUCAUCACUGUCAAGUCUCGCCUCUGGAACAGCACCUUCUUAAAGGAUUAUUCCAAGCUCCAUCGUGUGGAGGUGAUAGUGCCGGCUUCUCUGCAUAUCGAUAGCACAACGAAGAACACAGUGGUGCAUGCCGAGACACAGGUGAGACUGACAGUGUUCCCAGAGAGGCGCGCGGACAAGUACGGAGGAGGAGUGCCAUGGUGGAUCAUCGUGCUGACCAUCCUGUUAUUGCUAAUGUUGUUGGCCCUGUUGGCUUUCCUCCUGUGGAAGUGUGGACUCUUUGGAAAGAAGAAUAAACAGCACCUUUCAGAAUAAGAGAGACUUACAACCAAUGCAUAAAAAGAGAGAGGUGUGGCUUUUUCAAACGUACCAAAUAUGAAGACAAGGUUCCUAGUUAGAACGCUGUGCGGAUCAAACGGGAGGAGAGAGCAAUCAACCCCAAAAAUGGUAACUGGGAAAACUUGGAAAAGAAGCCGUGGAUGACAACCUGGCACGACAAAGAACACUAUUCUUAACAGCCAAUAAGAUCUGACUCCACACAGAUUUCCUGUCACUUAUUGAUGAACUCCCAAUUCGACUGAUUAUUCCCUGCUUUUGUCUUUGCACAGUGUGGAUUGUAAAUACCAAGAAACAAAGAAAUCAUUGUUAAACAAAGGAGAAAUGAAAAGUAUUUAUGGGACUAAAUUCUUUAUCAAACUUUCUGCUUCAGGGUCUGAAUUGAUCUCAGAUAAAGUCUGUUUGAUUCACUGGAAGUAGAGUUGCAGUGUGGGAGACGUCCUUCACAACUACUGUCUGUCAGAGCUUGUUUUGUACAUUUACUGCAUUCACAGUGUUGACUGGGGGGGAGGGAGGGUGGGAGUGUUUUAAGAGUUUUUGCACAUUUUUUGAGGUUUGCAGAACUGUUUUGUAUUUUUGCUUUUUGAGGAAUACUUUGUUUCGUGCCCUACAGGCCAAAGAGUCAUGCAACGCAUACACAGUUGACGUUUUUUUCAAAACGUGCUAUUUCGCUUAUUUAAAAGCCCAUUUUUAUUAUUUCAAAUGUUCAUCUGCCUCAACUGUUGAUCCAUCAGUGUGUUUUGUGUUCAAGGUGCCUCAGGUUGUUCAUUAAGGAGUUGGGCUGCACCCAAUCGAUUAUUUUUUUUCUAAAGUUACCAGAAAAUGUAAGACUGCUAAAAAAAAUGUUUGGUUAUUUAUGGUGCAAUGUUAGUGGUGGCAAAAAUUAGUACUACAAACAGAAACAAAUUCCACAUUGAUAAACCUAGUUUAUCAGGCUUUGGUGGGGACAAAAAGUAAAUAACAAACCACUACAGGAUGCUUUGCUUCGUGUGUCUGUGCAUGGCAGUUGUACUACUGUGAUAAGCCAAUUUAGCUGCAGCUGUGGGCUGUAGCUCGCUCUCUGGAGGAAUCCAUGCUUUGACUAGCAUGGUCAAAGCACAACUUACUAUAUUGCUACACACCGAUGAACGUUUUGCAAAUCAACACAUUUCUGUUAUUGAUUAUGUUGAUGAAUCGACCCAGCCCUGUUGUAGAGAUAAGCACUAUUAUAAAUCUACUACCAAGUCCCUGCAGAAUUCACUUUUUAUAAUUUUAUUCACUGGCUGUAAAUUAGGAAGAGUAAGAGUGAACAGAGUUUGUUAAAUAAAGCGUUUAAAUGCCA